AUGGACGUGCCGCGCGGGUUCCUGAAGGCAGACAGGCUCGCGCAGGGCGUGGCGCACUUCUGGUGGCGGCAGCACUCGGAGGAGCUGGCCGCGCGGAAGGCGGACUUCGGCGGCGCUGGGGCGGGGCACUGCUCGCAGCUGCCUGAGCUGCAGGCCGCGGGAGUGCCCGGCGAGCUCGCCGGCUUCGAGCUGCACGCCUGCCUGCUGGGCCCCAGCGCCCUCGGGAGGCUCAUGUUCUCGGCCAUGAUGCUUUCCCGCUGGCUGCUGGAAGGCCGGAGCAUGUCGCUCAGCGAAUGGGUCCAGUUGAAUACAGGCAUCGAGACUGGAGGCAGCGAUGUACCAGUACAUGUACAGGAGGGCAUCUACGCGGCGGUUGCGGAGCACCAGGCCCUGCGACCAGAGCGGCGCGGGCGCAGGCCUGACCCGGCCGAGCUCGGCACGCUGUACCCCGAGGCAGGUUCCAGGGGGUCGAGCUCCAGCAGAGCCGGUGGCGUGAGGGCGCCUUCGUGCGAGGGCUGGGCGCGCGUCCGCUUCCGGGGGCGAGCGCAGGCCUCGCUCAGGGGAGCGCGGGCGCUGUCCUGGCCGGAGUCGUCGCCGCGGGCGCUGGCGGAGAUGGGUGGCGUGAGCGCGGCUGGGAGGUCCGCGCCCCUCCUGGAGGGCGCGCGGGCCAGCGCGCGGCCGCCCGCGGAGGCGGCCCCGCGACCCGGCGCGGAGGCCGCCGAGGCCGCCGCCGGCGCGGAGGCCGCCGCGGGCCCGGGCUCGGCGCCGGACCCGGGCGAGGCCUGCCUGCCGUGUCUGGAGGCUCCCUCCUGCCCAGCGGCGCCUGCGGUCUGCCCUUCGGUGGACCCCGCGCCGGUGGCGGCGGAGGAGGACCCCGUGGGCGUCCUCGUGGCGGGUGCCCCUGGCUUGCUGGUGGCGCUGCUGCUGGAGGUGGGCGCUUGGUUCCCGGGCAGCGAUUCGUCGUCCGCUACAGUGACGACCCCGUCCCCCACGAGCGUGCCCCCGGGCACGUGGGCGGCCCGCACGCCGGACGAUGACGAAUACGAGGAGGACUCCACGGGCGCGGAUCCAGCCUCGGGCCCCGAGGGAGCUGCGUUGAUGCCUGCGGACGGCAGCGCCCCGCCAGAUUGGCCGCGCCCGAUCUACCGCUUCAGGGCGCCCGAGCUACGGGCAGCCAUCGAACGCGGCCGCGCGAUGGUCGAGGCGCGUCUUCAUGGGAUCGCGCCUGCGGAGCCGCUGGAGGUGGCGACCGCCGACGGCGAGCUCCUGGCCUGGGCCGACUGUUUCGGCCGCGAGCCGCGCCCAGGAGCGCAUCGGCUGCGUGGCAAGCAGCCCCCUGCGCCGUUGGCGGACGACUGCACCUGGGUGGUGGCCGAGCCGACCGCGAGCGCCGCCGUCAGCACCGCGGUGGAUCGGUCCGACGCGCGCUUCGUCCCAGGGACUGCGCUGGUGGCCUUGUUCGCUUUCGACGAGGGCCUUCGCCGAGUGGAGGCGCUGCUGGCGGAGGACCUGCCGGGCUAUGCGGCGCGACGCCGUGGCGAGGGCGACUUCCCGAGCCCCGAGAUGUCAGCCCCCGCGGACCGCCGCGAGCCCCUGGGCCGUUCGGCGCUGUCCGGCGGGGAUGCUGCGGCCGACGGCGCGUCUCCAGGAGGAGACCUGCGUGUCAUCGAGGUGGAUUUCGACCCGCAGGGGGAGAGGUUCAAGUUCUUGAGGGCGGCGUGUCGCGAGUCGGCCCAGGAGGUCUUCCCCGACCAGCCGAUGGAGGGCCCCGCGUCGGCCUCGACGGUCUGCAAGAAUACGGGGCGCACGAAUGGGGGCCCGCGGCUGUGGCUCCGCGACUUCCUGAGGUCGAAGGGCCUGGGGGAGAACGACCGGGUGGCCCACGAGUUGAGGGCAGCGCGCCGCGCGGCGGGCCUGGCGGCGGUGCGCUCGGACCCAGCCAAGCCCGUCCGCGGGCGCGCGCGGCUCUACACGGGCGCGGCCUCCUCGGGUGACAUUGAAGGGCAGGCGCUGCUGCAGUUCGCCACCAGGAAAAUCAAGGAGCAACGGGAGGCCCAGUCGGCGCUCGCCUUCGGGGAGGGGGCCACGGCGGCCCCCGCGGCCGGGGGGAACCCCGUCCCUAGCCAAAACUCCAGAGUAGAGCGGGGCCAGCUUGCCGCCUCGCGUUUCGCCAGGGAGCUGUUUCCGCUGCCUCGCUGGCGCCUGCCGAGUCUGCUAGGCGACGACCCCAUCCGGGGUCGAGCCCUCUGGCGGCGCGAGCGGCUGGCGCUGGGGAUGGGCAGCGGGACGGUGGGCGCACAGAACUGGCUCGCGGGCUUUCGGAACGGACUGGCGCGCUUCGACCCCGAUCCGAUGCAGCUCGAAAUGUUGGAGCGGAUCUGCGAGUUGGCCUCGCGGCGGUACCGGGGUCCAGAUGCUCUCAGUGAGCGCGCGGCCGUCCGCCGGCUGCUGCGAGGGCGUCCACCGUGCGACCGGGCGGGUUGCCUCACCCGCGUCGCGCCCUCCAGAAAGGUCCAGCGCUUCCUGAAGGAGCACCCCGAGCGCAUGCUGCGCGACGGAAGCCCGACGCCAGCUGCGACGCCGCAUUUCGACCCGGCGCUGAAGCGGAGCGCCAAGACAUAUCGACAUUGUGUCGCCGACCUGCGGCGCCGUGGCCUGCUGAUGUGGACGGGCCGCCCCCGCUGCCUGGUGGGCCUCUUCUUCGCAGAGAUGGGCAGCGGGAAGCGGCUGCGCCUCAUCCUGGACGCGCGGCCUGCUAACGAGCUCUUCAAGGCCCCGCCUGGCGCGGAGCUCCUCAGCGCGGAGGGCCUCCGCCGAGUGGAGUUCGCCUUGCCCGAGGGCAUGGGCCCCUGGAGCCCAGAGGCGCAGCAGCUCUUGCAGGGCUGCAAACUCCACUUGGGGCUCGCGGACGUCAAGGCCCCCGCCUUCGCCCUGGGCGUCGAGGGCCAGCUCUUGGAGGGCUGCUCGCUGGAGCGACAUGACCUGGUGAGCCCCUUCUGGGGGGGCAGGCCGCCCGUCUUUGGCCCGGCGGGCCCUGUCGGCCAUGCUGCCCAUUGCGUCUGCGUGGACAACCCUAAGCGCUUGUGGCUGAUCAGGCAGGCGAUCACCGGGUUACUUCGCAGACGUCUUCUGGCGGGCUGGGCCGCGGAGGUCCUGGUGGGCCACUGCGCUUGCGCUGGGCUGCUGGCACGCGGUGCCCUUAGCGUCUUCCGCGCAGUCUACGCUUUCAUGAGGAAGUUCUACUCCGCACCCGCGACGGUCUGGCCGGAGACCCGCAUGGAGCUGGAGGUGUUCCGAGGCCUGCUGAUCUUCCUGGAGAGCGACUGGGCGCUGCAGUGGAACAAACUGGCGGUGGCCACCGACAGCAGCCUGGAGGCAGGAGCAGCAUCUACCGCCCGCUGGCCCCACAGCAUGGCGGCCGAGGCAGGCCGCGCGCAGGAGAGGGCCCGCUUCCGCGAGGUCGCCGCUGGGCCGCUGGCGGCUGAGGGCGGCGGCCUCCCCGCAGCCCGCCGCGGGGCCCGCGAAGCUGCGCUGGUGGUGCCCGCGGCGGGGCUUGCGAGCAGCCGCAGGCGCACUAAGCAGGUGCAGCGCUGGAGGUCCGAGGAGGGCACCCUUAUCAAGGAAGCCCGAGCGCUGUCGAUGGGCGCCCGUCGCAUCGCCCAGUCAGUGUUCGGGGCUGCCGGUGCCGGCCGGGGCAAGGCCCCCGCAGCUGCCGCGGCCUGCUCCGACGAGCGCAGGGCUGACCCCGGCGCCGCGCCGCCAGAAGACACUGUCGGCGGCCCAGCGGUCGCGAGACUGGAAGGCUCGCUGAGCUCGGCUGCGCUGCCGCCGACGCCUCGGCUCCCAGAGCGGGGCGCGGACCUGCUGGCCGUCCCCAAGGACUGGCAGCGCCAGAUAAUGGCCGAUAGCGACGGCGACAGCAGCACCUCCGAGGAGCAGCAGGUCGCGCAAGCCGGCGAGUGGCGCGAGAAGCAGCUGCAGAGGCGCGCCGCAAAGAGGAAUAAUACCUACGGAGCGGAGGCGCUGCAUGACAGCGCAGCGGCGGACGGCCAGACCUUUCUGGAGCGACGGUCCGCGUUUGCACCCGCGCGGAGGCGGUGCGGUCUGGAGCUGGACGCCUUCCUGGGGUUCUGCGACGCGGAGCCGCACCGCCUGCUGCGCUCGCCCGCGCAGGUGGACGAGGCCCUCGUGGACUACAUGAACGCGUUGUUCUUCAGCGGCCACGAGUCGUCGAAGGGCGACCAGGUGAUGGCGGCCUUGAUGUACUGGUUCCCAGAGUAUUCGAAGCAGGGCGAGUACAAGACGCCGCGAGCUUGGCGUUGCCUCCGGGGCUGUCGCAAGCUGGCGCCGGGGCGGGGCCGCCGGGCCUGGCCGCUGGCCCUCUGGCGCGGGCUGGCUCGGCGCAUGGUGUCGCGUGGGGCGCUGCAGAUGGCCAUCUUCCUGCUCGCCGUGGUCCGGGGCUACUUCCGACCCAGCCACCUGCUCUCCUUGACGCGCGGCAGCGUCGUCGCGCCGGCGCCCAGAGCGCGCCGCUGGCGGUCGCUGCUCCUCUGCCCGGACAGCAAGCCGCUGCGCGGCAAGAUGGGUCUGGCAGACGUUGGAGUGAUGCUGGGCAGCGGCUGGUUUCAGCGCGCCACGCCCAUCGUCCGCGAGCACGCGCAGGGGGCCCCAGAAGAAAAGGUCUGGGACUUCAGUUCCCCUCAGUUCCUGGAGAUGUUUCGGAUGGCGCUGCAGGGCCUGGGUGUCGAGCGGCAUAUUGUUCCGUGCCAGGAGGCGGCCUGGCUCGAGCUACGCGGGGCAGUGCUGCUGCUGGCGCCCCGCAGGGGCGCCCCGCCCUUCGCGUUCGUUGCGCUGGGGUCGACGACCGAGCUCUCCGAGGCGGACCCCUCCUCGAGGCAGCUGCUGCUGGUCAACGGGGUGGACGUCCGCUUCCCGUCGAUGGCCAUCGAGAGCGAGUGGCUGGAGAUGUGCCUGCUGCUCGGCGACGGGCGCUUCCAGCCGCUGGAGGCGCCCGACCUGGCGUUGGCCUUCGACGACGGCGCGGAGUUCUCCGCCUGGGAGGAGGCGCGCCCGCUGCGUGCGGCCCUGCCCGCGCGCACAGGCAGGCCGCCGGGCGCGGCGGCGACGCCCACGCCGCCGCGGCCCCUGGGGCGCCGCUGCCCUGGGACCGCCAGGAGAGCCCAGCGGCUUCCUGGGCGGCGGCGGCUUCCCCGGGGAGGGCCCGCCAGGCGCCGUCCGUGUGCCGGAGCUCACGCCGGAGGAGGCCGUCGGCGCCUGCUCCGGGCUGGAGGCGCUCGCCUGAGCGGGCGGUCCGCCCUCGCCGCCGCGCGGUGA